UCAUGCAGGAGGAGGGAGAAGCAAGAGCAAACAAACCAAACACAGUUGGUGUCUGCAGACGGGUAAAGAGGUCAAGUGGUUUGCAACAAUAGCAGCAGCAUCCAAAGACUGGAUUAUUUCUGGACAUACAUGAUUUUCUCAGUGCAUUCUUUCUCAUAAACCGUGCAAAAAGUAAGUGAUAUCCAAUCGUUUGGCUUUGAGAGGUGUAAAUGUUUUGAGGGAUUUAAGGGAUUUGCAAACAUUAGAGUGACAUUGGACAGUAUGGCAGUAGUAGCUAAUCUGUGCCUCCCGGGCUGGGACGAGUGGAGGAGAGAGAUGCUAGAAAAGAGGAGGAGGAGAUGGAGGGAGAGGGUGAAAGCGAGGGUGAGGGUGAGUCUUGGGGCGAAAGUGCAUGUGUGCAUUGAGGAGGAAGAAGUAGAGGCUGGAGAGGCAGAGGCCAUGGGUAUUGAGGAAGAGAAAGUCAGCAGGGAUGAUGAGGCAGGUGAGAAGGGAGAAGUGAAGGAGGAAGGAGCAAUGAUGAGGGAAGCAGAGGAGACAGAGGAAGUAGGAGAAAAUGACAUAGGGAGGGGCGUUAAAGAUGCGGAGGACGGCAGCAAUGUGAUAGGGGCAGAUGAAAGAGUCAAUGGGGUGGAAGAAGACAAAAAAGAGGAAAAUGAGCUGUUGAGGGAGGUUAAGGAAGAUGGGGAGGACAACAAGGAGGUGUUGGACCCAGAUGAAAGGGUAGAUGAAGAGGACAAUGGGGAAGAAAAUGAGGUGGUAGAUAAGGAUGAGGAGGAUGAGGUAACUGAAGCAGAGGAUUUGGAGAAGGAGGAAGACAGGGAGGUUAAAGAGAAUGAGGAAGUGGCAGAAGAUGAAGAAGUAAAUGAGUUUGAGAGGGAGGUAGAGGAAGCAGAGAAAUUUGAAGGAGGAGGAGAAGAGGGAGAAAAUAGGGCUGAUUUGGAGGAAGACAGGCAGGUGAGGGAAGAACAGCAGGUUGAGGAGGAAGAGGCUGGGGAAGAAGAGCAUCAGGAACAGGAGCAAAUUGGACAGUUCCACCUUGCAGAAGGGGGAAUUGAGGAUGAAAACAUUCGGCAAAACCAAGAAAGUCCGAGGCAAGAACCUGAAACAGUCAGUGAAGAAGAAAACUUGGCUUAUUCAGUAGAAUCCAGUUAUGAAGAUUCUGACUGGACGGGAUCAGACGAUGAAUUUUACAACUUUGACAGGAUGCAAAGCGAAGAAAGAGCUGUUGAGAAUCAGUAUGAGGUUCCCAAUGAACUGGAAGAUCUUGAUGAAAAGUCAGUGAGGAAUGAAAAUAGCAUCCUAGGAGCAUGGACUUCCACGGAAAGAAAAGCAGAGGAAGAUGAAAGCAAGAAGUUGGCAGAUGAGAAAGAAACAGUUGCAGAAUCUCCGAGCACUCAAGAGGAAGAGCUUCAAGCUGAUAGCAAAAAGCUUCAAGAGGAAGAGGCAGAGUCUACAGAUGAUGAGGAAGGAGAACAUUCAGUGGAUGAAGAAGAUGAAGAAGAUGAAGUAAAGAUUUACUGCAAAGAUGAUUAUUGUACGGACGUAUUCCGCAUCUUGACAGAGUUCAGGGACUCCUCCAUUCUCACUGACCUCACCCUGAGCACGGAGGAUGGAAAUAGUUUCCAGGUGCACUCCCCUGUCCUGGCUGCAGUCAGCUCCCAUAUCCGAGAAAGUCUUCAUAGAAAGAAUACAAAGAGAUAUAAUGACAAAGUUGGCGUUCACAGGUGGUCACUGUCUCUGGGUCCAGAGGUGAAUCAUGUUGGAUUAAAGGCAGUUGUGGAGUUUGCCUACAAUGGAUUCAUACCAAGUUUUAACAUGAGAGCUCUGCGACAGAUAAGAGAGGCGGCUCAAACACUGGGCGCCCCCAGGGUGCUGGAUGUCUGCAAAGAGGAAGAGGAAAAGCCCACAAAACCUCGUGCACAGAGGAAAGCGGAAAGGAUCUCGGCUGCAGAACAAAUGAUGACGAGUCUUCAGUCCAUCAAACAGCUGUGGACGGACAGAGUGGGCUGUGACGUCAUUCUGGAAGCUCUCGGAGGAUCGCUUCAUGUCCACAGAGUCAUUCUGGCUGUGUGCAGUGACUAUUUCCGUGGCAUGUUUACCUCGGGGAUGAGGGAGUCCAAUCAGUCCUGUGUGGCCCUUCCUUCCCUUUUGGCUUCGGAGCUGGCGGUUCUGAUUGACUGCUCCUACAGCGGGGCCCUCCCUCUCAGCUGGAAGUGUGUUUUUGAGCUUACCAUUACCGCUCUCCAGCUCCAGUACCAACCUGCCCUCUGCUUGUGCCUUGACUUCCUGCAUCAAGAAAUAAAUCCUCACUCCUGCCUUGAUGUGGCAUCUUUUGCUGAGGCCUUCGAGAUGGAGCAACUUCUUGAAGUCGCAGACGAUUUUGUCUUGCGGCAGUUCCAAAAAGUGGCAUGCAUCCCAAAGUUCAAGGACCUGCCAGCCCAACAGCUCCUGAAAUACCUGAACAGUCGCUCGCUUUGUGUUCCAUCUGAGCUCGUUGUAUUCAAAGCAGUGGCAACAUGGAUCCAAGCAAGGCCCAAAGUAAGGCUGAAGAUUGCUAAAGAACUUAUGAAAACCAUCCACUUUCCCCUGAUGACAUUUAAGGAAUUCAAAGAGGUCCAAUCUUUGAAGAUGUGGUCCGAUCACAGUUUGGCAGAGCUCUACGAAGCAAUUUUUGAGGACUUCUGCUCCAGUGAGGGUCAGUGCCGGGUCUAUCUGCCAAAAGAGAGUCUGGUCUUGAUUGGAGGUGAGCAGAUCUCUGACGACCUGUGUAAGCGCAGCAUCAGCAGAGAACUUUGGUUUGGGAAUUCCCUUAGGAACCACACAGGAGUGAAAAAGGCCAUGGAGUGGAGAAAGUUGGUAGAUAUGUUGCCAGCAACGCCACCUGGGGAGUUUCGCCCCAGGAAUUGCAUACAGCAUACACUCCCUGCAUUUACAGACAUUGUGGAACAAUAUUGCCCCACUGCAAACUCUUGGAGCUACGUGUGGCCUUUGGAUGUGCCAAUGUGCGGCCAUGUAGCAAAGGUGUUACAAGGGCAGGUCUUUGUCUCGGGAGGACUGAGCAGCGACAACGAAUAUCUUGCAUCCAUGUUUCUGUACCACCCAAAAAAAGGAAGCAACUAUUUGGCAAACAUGGCUAAACCUCGGGCUCAUCACUGCAUGGAGCCCCUAGAUGGAUGUCUUUAUGUAGCUGGUGGAGUCACCAAAGAUGAUACCAAAGGUGUUAUUGACCAGCUGGCUUGUGAGGUGUACGACCCCGUGGCUGACUCCUGGACUGCCUUCACAUCUCUGCCAGUGCCACACGUAGGAGCUGGAGGUGUCGUUUUGGAGGGAAAGUUUUAUGUGCUGGGUGGAUACAGCCAGGACGACUACAGUGACACUAAAAUGGUCCAUCGCUAUGAUCCUGCUACACAGAAAUGGGAAAACAUGGGAAAGAUGCCUGGGCCAAACAAUGAUAUACGAGCAUCUCUGCUGUGUUUGCCGUCACAUUACCGAUUGUAAGGCAUGGUCAGUGUUGUGCAUUGAACGAGAUAACAGAGUACAUUCAUUGAAGGUACUCAUAUUUUUGGUAAACGGUAAACUGAACAUAAACAUUCGCAAUGUAUACACAUGAACGUUGUUCACUCUCGCAACAGUCCAAGUUGACAUUUGUGCCAAAUUUAAAGAAAUCCUUUCAUGAAAUUUGUUGUUGAGAUAUCGUGUUCACAAAAAUGAACGGACAGCCCAAGAAAACAAUGCCUCAGGCAACAGCUAUUACUAGUGUCAUUUUGAAAAUGACAGACAUGAACAUGAAGUAGUUCAUUUUUAGGAGGAAUGUGAACUUAGUUCAGAAAACAAAAUUUGUGAACUAGUUUGUUUAAAUCUGUGUGAGCUGGACUUUGAGCUAGCUGUUUAAUGUGAACAUGCACAACUCUAGACAUGGUUAUACAUGUAACUACUAUUGUUGUCUAUGGUGCUGAAUUAUAGGUUACUUGAUGCAUGUUAAAAACAGUAGUAUUUUCAUAAUUUUAAAAGCAUUGUUCCAUUGUAAACAAUAUAAGAUGUUUACAAUAUCAUGUCUUAUGUUAGCUUGAUAUCUUGUUCAAGGUAAAUUUAACUUACACAGUAUUUUAAGCUUUAAAGGAAAACUUCAUCAACAAAGUGGUCAUUUGUAUAUCAGUUAAUCAAUGAAUGUUACCUUUAAUUCAUUAAGAAAACUUUGUUUUUCUUGCAUGCCUUCAUGGUGAAUCAGCAGUAUAA